CAUUUUUGAUGCUGAGGCGUCAAUAAACGUAGAAACACCCCCAAAUAAAUAAAAGUAUUUCUAUUUAUUUCACUUAUAAUGUUCAAACUACAAACGCACAUCCAGCGCAAUGAACGCGUUCCCAAGGCAACGCAAACAGGAAGUUGAGGAAGCUCUGAGGGGAGCGAAGGAGACAGCUGUGUUAAACGGACACAAGUGGCCGCUCGCUUUUCCGUGUCUCGUCUCCGAGAUGUUAGAGUAACGUCCCCGCCGUGACUCCACGAUGUCCGCAUCAACGAGGGCCAGUUCAGCGCCGAGUUUGUCGAGGCCGGAGCGGACACCGGACACCGCAGUGGCAGAGCUGAAUUUUCAGGUCCCGGUGGUGAGCACCAAGACGCAGCCCGCUGUCAGAGGGCAGAUCGUCCCACACGAACUUCUGCUCAGUCUAACCUCCACUGUGUGCAAGAGGAGAACACCGGGGCAAUCCGCACACGACCGACACUGCGAGAGCUAUGGAAUCAGACGCCCUGAUGCAGUCUGGCAUCAUCCACUCGGACGCAAGAAAUACAAACACUUUCUGGAGCAGCCAACAUCCCUGACAGGAGCUGGCAGGGAUAUUUCUUUCCUGUGUGACGCCAUGGUAACCAGAAAGAAGACAACACUCCUCCCACCAGUUAGUGAAAAGCAGGUCGUUGGUGGCGCGCAGAACUCGUGCGUCUCCGACAGUUUUAUCCCGGAAGAAUUUCACAUAGUGAAAAAUAAAGGACUACGGAGCCUCGAGUUCUACGAGGAUGCAUUCACAGUGCAGCUGAGGGAUGAAGAGCAGAGGCUGCGGGUCCUCCCUUCACUGAGGCCCAGUGGGAGGCUGGAAGCGGUCCAGCUGAUGGGGAUGAUGGAUGACAUGCUGGAGAAGGCUGGAGUGGAUGAGCAGAGCGAGGAGCUGGCUGAGCUUUCACAACUGGAGGGUCUGCUUGAGCUCGUGAAGGUUGAGCAAAAUAUCUACAACAUUGUCUUCCAUGAACUGAUCAGGCAGGUGAGCGUGGGCUGUGCCGAGAGAGGACAGCUGCUUGCCAAACUCAGACAGCGCUACCAGUCGCUGCUGAAUCGAAUCCCGCGGCGCCUGAAGGCUUUGCACACCGAGGUGGUGGCCCAGCGGGCUCUGGAUCGUCGGCUCACAGAGGAGAUCCACCACAUCAAGUUAUCCAUUCAGCAGCUUAGCGUGGAACUUUCUAAAAUCCGGGACCACGAUGCUUUUGUUUCCCACCAGGCGGAGCACGCUCACUGGCAGCUAGCCGAGGCACUCAAACAGACUCGCAUCGACUCAAAUGUGGUCCAGGCUUACCAUCAGCUGUAUGAGCUUCAGAGAGCUCGCCUGGAAGCUCAGCUGAUCCACAUGACCGAAGACAGAGACUGCUGGAGCCAGUUUACCCUCUGCCUCGCCCUGAAGGUGUGUGAGGUGUCUUUGAUUUGACCUGGUCUUACUUUCAUUUUAGAGUGAGAAACAUGACUGUUGUACCAACUCUAUGGUCAGCUCUCUGUGGAGCUCCAAGGCUAACAAAAGAGGAAGUGAAUUAAAGGACACAACAUGCUCAAUGUAGCUUUCCCCUUAGCAUUUCAUCCAUAGUAAUACUUAUACCAGCAUAUCAACCAAUAUGUCCCAACCACACAAGCUAUCUAUCUAUAUAUAGAUUUACAAAACCUGAUUGAUUUUUUUAAAAGUAAUGAAUAGAUGCUUCAGCCAUCCUGUCACGGCGGGUGAGAAGAGCCGUGUGAAAAUAAUAAAUGAGGAUCCAAUCGCAGGCAGUAGUGGAGAAGUGAAGGUGGUUUAUUGAACACGAAAUAAAUAUGGACAAACAGCAAAUGGAGCACGAACUAAACUAGACUGGAAACAACUAAACUACAGAGCACAAACCUGGA